AGUGCCGAUUUCUAAUGACCUUUAGUUUCAGUUCUACAAUCGAAACUAAGCAAUCGAAACAAAAAGGCCCCAACUUGUAAUCUCGCUGCGUAGUCAUAUAAUUUGAGACGGGAUCCAAAUUGGGGCCAAGCCAGCACUAAUCAUCACCAAAACACAAGCCAGAGAGAGAAACGCAAUAAUGUCCUUCGGACUGCUGCGUCUCGUCGUUUCCGGCCUCCUGCUUCUGCUCCUCUCGCGCCCGGCCGCUUCGGCGUCGGCGCCGACGGUGGUCACCCACCUGCCGGGAUUCGACGGCCCUCUCCCCUUCUCCCUCGAGACCGGGUACGUUGGCGUGGAGGAGGAGACCGGGACGGAGCUCUUCUACUACUUCGUGGAGUCGGAGCAGAGCCCCGGCGCUGACCCCGUGCUCCUCUGGCUCACCGGCGGGCCUCGCUGCUCGGGCUUCAGCGGCCUCGCCUUCGAAGUCGGUCCUCUAAAGUACGUGCUGGCGCCGUACGAUGGCGGUUUGCCGCAGCUGGUAUACAACCCAGUCUCAUGGACCAAGAUGGCAAGCAUCAUCUUCCUGGACUCGCCCGUCUGCUCGGGCUUCUCCUACGCGCGCGCCCCUAACGGUUGCGACGUCGGAGACUACUCUUCCUCUCUGCAAGUCCAGAGAUUUCUCAACGAGUGGUUCACCGAUCAUCGGCAGUACCUUUCCAACCCUUUCUACAUCGGGGGAGAUUCAUACGCCGGAAAGGUGGUUCCACUUAUUGCGCAACACAUUUCACAAGGGACUGAGAGAAGGCAGCAACCUGUCAUCAAUCUCAAGGGCUAUCUGGUUGGCAACCCUAUAACAGACCCAAAGUUUGAUGGAAAUUUCCGGGUUCCAGCUGCUCAUGGCUUUGGGAUAAUAUCUGAUCAAAUAUACGAGGCUGCAAUGCAGAACUGCAACGGAGAUUAUGUAAACCCCACAAAUCGAAUGUGUGCCGAAGUGCUACAAACAGUAAAGAGUCUAAUUUCUGAAAUCGUAGAUGCAAAUGUCUUGGACAAAAAAUGUGUCUUCUCCAUGCCAAAGCCCAUAGAUAAUGUAACGGCGAGAAAAAACUUGUUGGAAGAAUUUAUCGAGCUAAAUGAGGCGCCUGCUCGACCCAACAUCGAUUGUACAACAUACGGUUUCUACCUGUCAUACUUUUGGAUGAACAACAAGAUGACUAGAGAUGCUCUCGGGAUCAAGCAGGGGACGGUUAUUGAGUGGAAAAGAUGCAAAAGGGAACUCCCCUACAAAUAUGACAUGCCAAGCAGCAUACCAUACCAUCUCAACCUCACCACCAGAGGUUACCGUGCACUCGUGUAUAGCGGAGACCAUGAUCUCGUGGUGCCUCAGCUCAGCACGCAGGCAUGGAUAAGAUCUUUGAACUUCUCCGUAGUCAAUGACUGGAGGGCAUGGCAUCUCGACGGCCAGGCUGCAGGAUUUACCAUUGCAUAUGCGAACAAUUUGACAUUUACAACAAUAAAGGGUGGUGGUCAUGUUGCUCCAGAGAACCGGCCCAAAGAAUGCUUUGCCAUGGCCCAACGUUGGCUGGCCAAUAAGUCACUUUGAUGCUUUUAGUCAAACACCUGUUCAGUGCCCGUGUGUUUCCACAAAAUAAUAAUAAACUGUAGCGAUCAAACAACUGUUUUGGUUCAAAACUAUGUGCCAAACAUGAUAACAUUUAGUUUGUAUUCAUAUAUGGCAAGUGGUUCCCUCUCUCACACCGAUCCUCCUGAGACUUUCUUCCCCUCAACCUUGAUUUUCAUCACCGUGAUUAACCUCUCCUUUCAACUUACUCCGUAGUACAAAACUGAG